CGAGAGAGAAAGAGAGAGAGAAAGAGAGAGAGGCAGAGCUCCCUAACUCCAGUGAUUCCCUGACUGGCUGGCUGGCUGGCUGGCAGUAAGCUCUGUGCUCUGAUCUUCCCGCUCCGAUGGGGUUUCAUGCCCGCGUGGGCUGUGCUGGGGAUCUUCAGGGCAACACAGGUUUCUGCUGCUGAUCUCGGCCUCUUUAAUCCCUACCUAUUGACCAUAUCAGCCAACACAGAUGAGAGCCUGGAUAGCUAAUCUUAACCUACUACAGACGGCUAAUGGAUCAUCAACCAAUGACAGCCACUAGAAUCCAAAAAGGGAGCUAAAAGACGAUCGAAUGCAAGUGACCCGAGGACGACUGGCAGAUAUGAGAGUGGUACUGGUGUGUGCCCUCCUCUCCCUCCUCUCUUUGUCACAUGCCUGUCCAAAGGAGUGCAGCUGCAAUAGCAACACCAAAGUAGUAGACUGCCGGGGUCGAGGCCUGUAUGACAUCCCCCGACGACUGCAUCCGGACACCCAAGAACUGUAUCUUCAAGAUAACCGGAUCAGGGGGCUGGGAUCGAUGGCUUUUCGAGAAAUACCACUUGUCCGCAUUCUCGAUCUUUCUAAUAACUCUAUAACAUCGGUUUCACCGACUGCGCUGCUGGGUCUCAGAACUCUACAGCGCCUCAGCCUGGCCUACAACAGCCUGAGAGAACUUGACAAGCGGUUGCUUGGGCCUAUCCGCUCGCUUUCACACCUUGACCUCUCACACAACAGCUUGUGGGGUUUGCCUGGAGUGAUGGGAGACAGUUUAAGGAACCUCAGCCACCUAGGGCUAGCGCACAAUAGGUUAACACGACUGGACCGCUCUCUAUUGGAGGCCUUGACCCGUCUGGACAGCCUCACAUUACGAGGCAACCCCUGGAGGUGUGACUGCCAACUCAUAGGCCUCAAACUCUGGCUGGAGUCCUACCUCUUUAAAGGUGGAGUGGUGGAUGAGGUGUUUUGCUCACAGCCAGAAGAAAUGAGGGACAGAGACCUGCAGAAAGUCCCUUACCAGCUCUUCCACGCCUGCAUGACCACAAGCUACCAUUAUCUAUUUGCCAACAUACACCACCUGGAGUCUGAGAGGCUACUGCGUGGCCACACCCAUGGAAACCAUGCUCAUCCCUCUAGCCACACAAUCCAUGUCCCCAUGGCAAUGGGGGAGGGUCUUGGUGGCGGAGGAGGAGGCGGAGGAGGAGGGGGUUUGCCCGAGUGUGAACCUAAGCAGAGGCAGCGGCCUGUCAACUUGCGCCAUGCAAUUGCCACAGUGAUCAUCACUGGCGUAGUGUGUGGGAUCGUGUGUCUGAUGAUGCUGGCUGCAGCAGUGUACGGCUGCGCCUACGCUGCUAUCAUGGCCAAAUAUCAGCGGGAGCUUAAGAAGAACGAGGAGUUGGCAGCAGCGCAGGGGGCAGAUCAUGCCACAGCAGAUGAGAAGGAACCACUGGAGAAUGCUAUUGCCUAAGAGAUGAUAGCAGAAACCCUGGACUUAAAACCUGGGCCUCAACCCUUUAACCUACUCCUCUCUGGCUGCCAUGUGUGUGUUAGUGCAUGUGUGAGUCA